AUGCUCACCGGUUUACUUGCAACUGUCUCUUUCGCGGCCAUGAUGCUGCUAACGGCGUUUUAUCUUUUCUCGUCCAUUGCGACAUUCAGGGUAGCGUGGAGUGUCAGUUCAGGUCAGGGACAGGCGAAAACUGGUUUCGAUGGUACGCCCGGCAAUGAAGACGUUCCUGGUCGCAGUUUGGGUGCCGUUGCAUCUGAGAACGGAUAUUGCAGCGGGCUGGGCGUGGGGAUGUUGAAGGAGGGAGGAAAUGCUGUUGAUGCUAUGGUUGCAACUGUCUUCUGCAUAGGGGUAACUGCAAUGUAUCAUUCCAAUAUUGGGGGUGGUGGAUUUGCUGUUGUUCGCACGCCAGAAAAUAGAUAUGAGUUCGUUGAUUUCAGAGAGACAGCACCUGCCGCUGCAUUUGAGGAUAUGUAUAAAGAUAAUGAACAGGCAUCCAUAACUGGUGGGUUGGCUAGCGGCGUUCCAGGUGAGGUUCGUGGGUUGGAAUAUCUGCAUAAGAAAUAUGGCUCCCUGCCGUGGCCAAAGGUCAUGCAGCCUGCCAUUCGCACUGCGCGGGAUGGGUGGCGGGUCAAUGAGGAUCUGGCCCGUAUGAUGGAAUCCGAGACAAAGGAUGAAGAUUUUUUGUCCAAAGAUCCAUCAUGGGCCAUUGACUUUGCACCCAAUGGAACACGACUGGGGCUGGGAGACAUCAUCACCCGUAGAAGAUAUGCUCGUACUCUCGAACAAAUCGCUAAUCAUGGCCCCGAUGCCUUUUAUUCCGGUCCCAUUGCUGAGGCCACGAUUCAAGCCCUUCAGGCUUCAAAUGGAACUAUGACUCUGGGCGACUUGAAGAAUUAUACGGUGACGAUUCGAAAUGUUUCACAGAUCAUGUAUCGGGGUUAUAGGGUUACCGGUGCGAGUGCUCCGUCAGGAGGUUCCGUUGGGCUGAGUAUUUUGAACAUUCUGAAUCAGUACGAUCGUUUCUUUUCACCAGGAACUGUAAAUCUCAGUACACAUCGAAUGACUGAGGCGUAUCGUUUUGCCUACGGACAACGGACGUACCUGGGUGAUCCGUCCUUCGUAGAUAACGUCACAGAAUACGAGGAGGACAUGCUAAGGGUCUCCACGGCUGCUCAGAUUCGAGCCAAAAUCUUCGAUGAAAACACCCAGAAUGUGUCUGCAUAUGAUCCAGCGGGACACCAAAUUUUAGAAACGCCCGGGACCUCCCAUCUUGUCUCAACCGACAGGACAGGGCUCGCCGUUAGCCUCACCACAACUAUAAACUUAAUAUUCGGCAGCAAACUCAUGGUCCCCGAAACCGGCAUAGUCAUGAACAAUGAGAUGAAUGACUUCUCCAUUCCAGACACCAGUAACAAAUUCGGCUACAUCCCAACACCGGCCAACUUCAUCCGGCCAGGAAAACGCAUGCUCUCCUCCAUGUGCCCCAUCAUCGUCACGCAUCCAGACGGUAGCCUAUUCUUUGUGACAGGUGCAGCGGGCGGCUCACGCAUCAUCACCGCCACAGUGCAGAGUGUGAUCAAUGUCAUUGAUAGAAAAUUGAAUGCGUCUAGGGCGCUCGAAGAACCCCGUCUGCAUGACCAGCUGGUGCCGAAUUUGACGUUGUUUGAGUGGGCGUUUGAUAACAGCACUGUGGAAUUUAUGGCGGAGAGAGGUCAUAAUGUGACGCGGGUGGCGCCGGGGUUCAGUUCAGUGCAGUGCAUCCAGGUGUUGGGAAAUAGUACCUUUGAAGCUGUUGGAGAACCGAGACAGAAGAACUCGGGGGGGAUUGUUGUAUGA